GGGAUGAUGUCUUAAGACACUUUUAAUAAAUUAAAAGUAAAGUACAUUUGCGCAAUCGUACUUACUGAGCUCAUUCAUUCACUCACUCCCUCCCCUUUUGUUCCUGAAGAUAUACUCUGCACCUUGCUUAACUUCCCCGCAUUUCUAUGGGGAAGUGAAACAAAAGCCAAUUCCAAAGCACCGGAACAGUGUUUUAAGUUGUUCCGAAAUAAAAAUAGAUAAAAGAUGAAAAAUUGACAAUUAUAAAAAGACCUGAUCUCAAUCAAUCCUGCAAGACCCUAUUCUCAUCUCACAUCUUCAUCUUUUCUCUUCAUAACAAUUUGAAAUGGUGACUCAAACAGUUGCCGUUGAUACGGAAUUGCUCCAUCGUCGUGCCGCUUUAGCAGGUCCUUCAGGCUUGAAAGGUUUGGCUCAAAAUGCUCGUGCGACAUCAAUCGCAGUUUUUGCCAGUUUAGGUGGUUUGGUGUAUGGUUAUAAUCAAGGUAUGUUUGGUCAAGUUUUGAGCAUGCAUGCUUUUAGUAAAGCUUCAGGAACCGAUGGAAUCACAAAUGCAACUUUGGGUGGUUUAGUAACGGCAAUUUUGGAAUUAGGUGCUUGGAUCGGUGUUUUGGCAAACGGUUAUUUUGCCGAUAAACUUGGUCGUAAACUUUCGGUUAUUGGAUCUUGUCUUAUCUUUGGCGUUGGUGUUGCUGUUCAAGCUUGUACAAGAGACGGAAAUUAUCAUUACAUCCUCGCAGGCAGAUUCGUUACCGGUAUCGGUGUUGGAGGAAUUAGUAUCCUUGUUCCUUUGUACAAUGCUGAAUUGGCACCACCAGAAAUUCGUGGUGCUUUGGUCGCCUUGCAACAAGUUGCAAUUACGUUUGGUAUUAUGAUCUCUUAUUGGCUUACAUAUGGAACAAACUUCAUCGGAGGUACUGGUGAUACACAAAGCAAUGCUGCAUGGCUUCUUCCAAUCACACUUCAACUUGUUCCUGCUUUCAUCCUUGCCGUUGGUAUGCUCUUCAUGCCUCAAUCUCCCCGUUGGUUGAUGGAUCAUGAUCGCGAAGAAGAAUGUUUAGAAGUUUUGUCCAGUAUCAGACGCAAAGAAAAACAAAACCCUUUGAUUCAAUUGGAAUUCUUGGAAUUAAAAGCCCAAAAGUUAUUCGAACGCAGAUUAUCUCUACAUGAUUAUCCUGACUUGCAAGAUGACAGCUUCAAGAGUAAAUUCAAGCUGCAAGUUGCACAAUAUGCCAGUUUAGUCAGCAAUCCGUCAAACAGGAAACGUACAUUCGUCGCUAUCGGAAUCAUGGUCGGACAACAAUGGUCGGGUAUCAAUUUUGUUCUGUACUACGCACCAUUUAUCUUCAAGAGCUUAAACUUGGCCGGAAAUGCAACCUCUCUUUUGGCUUCAGGUGUGGUAGGAGUUGUGCAAUUCCUUGCUACGCUUCCUUCAGUGGUUUAUUUGGAUAAAUGGGGACGUAGACCAAUGUUUAUGCUCGCUGCCAUUCUGAUGAGUUUAACUCUCUUCUCAAUUGCUGGUAUCAUUGCUCAAUUCAAGCCAAGAUGGGAUGCUGACAUCCGUACGCCAGCUACUAAUGCAGCAGGUUGGGGUGCCGCAGUUAUGGUUUGGUUAUUCGCCAUCUUUUUCUCAAUCAGUCUUGGAGGAGGUCCUUGGGUGCUUGUAUCAGAAGUGUUCCCACUUGGUUUACGAGCAAAAGGAAUCAGUGUUGGUGCAUCUUCGAAUUGGUUAAACAACUUCGCCGUAGCCAUUGCUACACCUAAAUUUGUUCAAGUUGCUCCUUGGGGCGCUUAUAUCUUCUUGGGAGGAUGCAGUGUUAUUCUCGCUCUUUGGGUUUACUUCUAUGUACCCGAAACAAGAGGACGUUCUUUGGAAGAAUUAGAUGAAGUCUUUGCCGACAAUAGUGGACGCUCAAAGUGGGAAGCUGAACAAUUAUUACAAGCUCAACGAGAUGUUGGUUUGUUGAAUGUUGCCGAUAUUGAACCCACAACGGAGAAGGAGCAUUCUUCCAUCGAUCAUGAACUUAAAGAAGAAAAGGUUUAAGAUUUUAUAUAAUCAAAUGUCAUCUCCGUG